AUGGGUGAUGCCUAUGCUUUCUGCAAUGCCUACAUGCCUGCUGGGAAAAUGACAUGGCUCGUCUGUAUACGUCGAUGUGACCAGGCAAUAGGACAGCCUUCUCUCUUGCUGCUCUGCACUAACAAGGCUGUGGAGAAGGAAAAUCACCAAUCUGCGUCCAGAUACACCAGCCUCGUUCCAGAAUCUCUUUACAAUCCUCAAUCAGUCCCUCCUCCAGCACCAUACCGCGCCUAUCUGAACAACGGAUAUACGGAUGACCUGUGCAUGGGAAUUGAGCAGCGACCCCAGACGAAGCAAAAGGCAUUGAUAGUCCGCACCGGAAGAAUCACGGCGAUUAUGUGA